AUGGUUUGCAGUUCUAGAGUUGCACUUUUUUCUAAUUUUGUUUUCAUCCCACUCACUAGCAGUUGUGUCUCUGCAGAUGAAGAUCAUAAUCGUCUCUUCAUUUCUGAUUGCAAUCAUCAUAGGAUUAUUGUAUGUGAUGACAAUGGGAAGAUUAUGAACUGUAUUGGCUCUUCCCCAAGAUUUGAGGAUGGUGAUUUUGAAUCUGCUAAAUUAAGGCGUCCAGCUGGUUCUUAUUACCAUUCUACUGAUGAUUGCUUAUACUUUUUGGAUUCAGAGGUUGUUAUUUUUGCUGUACUGUAUUGUAAACUUAAAAAAAUUCCAAACUCAAAUGAUGACAACCAGGAGAAAUAUGCAGCAAGGAUUCUUGAUUUUUUGAGCUCUAAGAGAUCUGGUAAAAAAGAGAGAGAUUCAUGGAAUGCAUUUACCAGUAUAAUCAAUUGGUAUUUUGCAACUUUUUGCUCCCUUAUUUCAAGAGUACUAGCUGGAACAUUCGUUUUAAAAUUGAUUUUUUUGGUUUUGGAAUUUCAGUGCCAAUUUAGUUGUUUGCAUAAGAACUUCAAUAUCUUGUGAAAGAUGUGAAAUGGUCUCUUUGUAAUAUUUGGAGACUUUGUUUUUGAUAAGGUGUAAUAUUUGGAGAUAUAC